AUGUCGGUCAAGAAGGAACCCACUCAGCAGUCGUUGCCGUAUGGUGCGGCAAAGGAUGAUCAGAAGCCUACCGCUAGAGCAGAUGAGAUUCCCGAGCUGCGGCGAGGACGCACGAUUAAACGGGGGCUAUAUCUAGCGACGGACCUCCCGCCCCUGUACAGGCUGCCAGAUAUCUUCGCUGACAUGGCAUCGAAAGCCCAGAAGCUGGGAUUCGAGCGUGUUCUCUCUCAGCUUGGUGGUCGACCACUUCGAGUGGCGACAGUGUGUUCAGGAACGGAAGCUCCACUUCUGGCCCUGGAGUUGAUCCAGGCGGGUCUGGUGUCGAACCAGCAAUUCCGGAUUUCGCACGCCUUCAGCUGCGAGAAUGUCCCGUUCAAGCAAUCGUACAUUGAACGGAACUUCCACCCACCGGUUUUGUUCCGAGAUAUUACAGAGCUCGGCGGAGAGAAGGCGCGGACCGCCUAUGGUUCCUUGGAAGCAAUUCCAGGUGACCUGGACAUUUUGAUUGCUGGCACCGCCUGUGUCGACUUUUCCACUUUAAAUAAGUUGCAAAAAUCGCUCCAGGAAGGUGGAGAAUCCGCGACCACGUUUGGCGGCCUGUUGCUGUACGCAGAUAAAUAUCGACCCCGGAUGAUCAUCCAGAAGAAUGUCCGAAGCGCGCCGUGGGAUGAGAUUAAGGACGAGUGGGAGAAGCUCGGAUACAUGUGUGUGCGUGCCGUUGUUGAUACCAAGCACUACUACAUCCCACAGACGCGCGAGCGCGGGUACAUGGUUAUCAUUGACCAGCGCCGCUUGAAAGCAGUCGGCCUGAUUAGCCCUCUGGACCCGGGGGGAAAGACACUCACUGGACGCGUUAGCGAUCUUAUCAAGAAGUUCAAACGCCCAGUAAGUGCGCCUGUCGGACACUUCAUGCUAGACGAUGAUGACCGCCCACUCGAGCUUAUUGAGAUGAAUGCCUGCAAGGAUCUCCGGAGUUGGGAACGGUGCAAGGUUCGCCACGCUCAACAGCGGAAAGACCGUGCUCUAGGCACCGGGAGACCAUUCACUCGGUCCCUGCCCGGAGUCAAUGACCUGCAGGCACCGGACUUUUAUUUGCAUCGUUUCUGGCGGCUACGGCAGGAGAGAGCAUGGGAUAGCAUGGACAUCAACUUCUUGAUGCGCUUGCGUGAAGGAUAUGAUAUGAACUUCAAGGAGUAA